AUGUUCCCGAUAAUAUUUUUUUCGUUACUAUUUUCCUCAAGUGAAGGUGCAAGAAUUUUGGGCGUGGUUUCAGGACCCACCCCAAGCCAUCAAACCUUUUUCCAUCCAAUAUGGAAGGGACUGAUCCAACUUGGUCACGAGUUAACUGUCAUAACAGCAAGCCCUAUGAACAACACUGCCAUAAACUUAACAGAAAUAAACACUGACUUCAUAUACAAACUUUGGCAGGAUGAAUACCAUACCACCAAACUAAUCGACAAAUAUGGCAAAAACCUGUACAAAAUCGUACAAGAGUCGAGAAAGGGUUUUUAUAAAGUCGUUGAUAAACAACUGGAACACCCAGAGGUGCAAAAAUUGAUACAAGGAAGUUAUGGAGGAUUCGACUUGGUGAUAGUUGAGUUUAUAAGCCCCGUCCUCUCAGCUUUCGCCAGUAAAUUCAACUGCCCCUAUCUCGGAGUAUCCGUGACGGAUUUAAAUAUACUCUACCAGCGGUUUUUCGGACAUCCCAUCCACCCCGUUUUGUACCCGGACUUCUUCAUACCUUUCGAUGGUAAAAUGAGCUUUAAAGAACGCUUUGUAAGCUGCAUUAUGUCUUCUAUGUUGUUAAUGGAGGACUUCUUCAGUGACAAACACAUUGAAGACCAAUUGAUCAAAAAACAUUUCGGGAACAACAUGCCAAGCGCAAACGAAAUUACAGCCAAUGUUAGUGUUAUUUUGACCAAUGUCAACCCAGCGUUCUACUUGAGACCUGUAGGUCCAAAUUUUAUACCCAUAGGUGGGCUAGCGAAGCCCGAAAAGGCUACACCACUACCACAGGCAAGGUUCAAGAAUGUUUUGGGAAAUAUUCAAAGGUUUCUCGAUGACGCCACAGACGGGGCUAUAUACUUUAGUUUGGGUACAAAUAUUAAAAGUGCUAAUAUAGAUAGGAAGCUUCAAGAUGUGUUCAUUAAUACAUUCAGGAAGAUAAAGAGCCUUAAAAUUUUGUGGAAAUUUGAUGGGGAUAUCAUUGGUCUACCAAAAAAUGUAAUGGUAGUUUCUUGGUGUCCCCAACAAGAUGUAUUAAGACAUCCAAACAUUAAGCUAUUUAUAACCCAAGGCGGUGUGCACUCAAUGGAAGAAGCCCUUUAUUUUGAGGUUCCCAUACUAGGACUACCUUUUGUUGCAGAUCAAGAACAGAACGUUAGAAAAUUUGUGAAUCGUGGAUUGGGCAAAAAAAUAGACGUAAAAACAAUAACAGUCGAAAUUUUUGAGGAAAAUAUUAUGGAGCUCAUAGAAAACCCAAAGUACAAACAAAGGGUUGUGGAAAUAUCAAGUUUAUCCAAAGAUCAGCCAAUGACGGGCUUUGACAAAACAAUAUGGUGGAUCGAGUAUGUUUUAAGACAUAAGGGAGCUAAGAAUUUAAGGAAUCAUGUAGUUGAUAUGCCUUUUUAUCAAUACUAUUUAUUAGAUGUCCUAGGGGUUAUUUUAAGCAUUUUUCUUAUUACUUUUUUCUUAAUUUGCUUGUUUAUAAAAUGUUUAUGUAAAAUGUAUUUUAUUAAAAAACGUAAUUUAAAGAAUAAAUCAGACUGA